AUGAUCGAAACCCAUAGUAGUAGUAGUAGUAGUAGUAGUAGUAGUAGUAGUAGUAGUAGUAGUAGUAGUAGUAGUAGUAGUAGUAGUAGUAGUAGUAGUAGUAGUAGUAGUAGUAGUAGUAGUAGUAGUAGUAGUAGUAGUAGUAGUAGUAGUAGUAGUAGUAGUAGUAGUAGUAGUAGUAGUAGUAGUAGUAGUAGUAGUAGUAGUAGUAGUAGUAGUAGUAGUAGUAGUAGUAGUAGUAGUAGUAGUAGUAGUAGUAGUAGUAGUAGUAGUAGUAGUAGUAGUAGUAGUAGUAGUAGUAGUAGUAGUAGUAGUAGUAGUAGUAGUAGUAGUAGUAGUAGUAGUAGUAGUAGUAGUAGUAGUAGUAGUAGUAGUAGUAGUAGUAGUAGUAGUAGUAGUAGUAGUAGUAGUAGUAGUAGUAGUAGUAGUAGUAGUAGUAGUAGUAGUAGUAGUAGUAGUAGUAGUAGUAGUAGUAGUAGUAGUAGUAGUAGUAGUAGUAGUAGUAGUAGUAGUAGUAGUAGUAGUAGUAGUAGUAGUAGUAGUAGUAGUAGUAGUAGUAGUAGUAGUAGUAGUAGUAGUAGUAGUAGUAGUAGUAGUAGUAGUAGUAGUAGUAGUAGUAGUAGUAGUAGUAGUAGUAGUAGUAGUAGUAGUAGUAGUAGUAGUAGUAGUAGUAGUAGUAGUAGUAGUAGUAGUAGUAGUAGUAGUAGUAGUAGUAGUAGUAGUAGUAGUAGUAGUAGUAGUAGUAGUAGUAGUAGUAGUAGUAGUAGUAGUAGUAGUAGUAGUAGUAGUAGUAGUAGUAGUAGUAGUAGUAGUAGUAGUAGUAGUAGUAGUAGUAGUAGUAGUAGUAGUAGUAGUAGUAGUAGUAGUAGUAGUAGUAGUAGUAGUAGUAGUAGUAGUAGUAGUAGUAGUAGUAGUAGUAGUAGUAGUAGUAGUAGUAGUAGUAGUAGUAGUAGUAGUAGUAGUAGUAGUAGUAGUAGUAGUAGUAGUAGUAGUAGUAGUAGUAGUAGUAGUAGUAGUAGUAGUAGUAGUAGUAGUAGUAGUAGUAGUAGUAGUAGUAGUAGUAGUAGUAGUAGUAGUAGUAGUAGUAGUAGUAGUAGUAGUAGUAGUAGUAGUAGUAGUAGUAGUAGUAGUAGUAGUAGUAGUAGUAGUAGUAGUAGUAGUAGUAGUAGUAGUAGUAGUAGUAGUAGUAGUAGUAGUAGUAGUAGUAGUAGUAGUAGUAGUAGUAGUAGUAGUAGUAGUAGUAGUAGUAGUAGUAGUAGUAGUAGUAGUAGUAGUAGUAGUAGUAGUAGUAGUAGUAGUAGUAGUAGUAGUAGUAGUAGUAGUAGUAGUAUAGUAGUAAGUAGUAGUAGUAGUAGUAGUAGUAGUAGUAGUAGUAGUAGUAGUAGUAGUAGUAGUAGUAGUAGUAGUAGUAGUAGUAGUAGUAGUAGUAGUAGUAGUAGUAGUAGUAGUAGUAGUAGUAGUAGUAGUAGUAGUAGUAGUAGUAGUAGUAGUAGUAGUAGUAGUAGUAGUAGUAGUAGUAGUAGUACUACUACUACUACUACUACUACUACUACUACUACUACUACUACUACUACUACUACUACUACUACUACUACUACUACUACUACUACUACUACUACUACUACUACUACUACUACUACUACUACUACUACUACUACUACUACUACUACUACUACUACUACUACUACUACUACUACUACUACUACUACUACUACUACUACUACUACUACUACUACUACUACUACUACUACUACUACUACUACUACUACUACUACUACUACUACUACUACUACUACUACUACUACUACUACUACUACUACUACUACUACUACUACUACUACUACUACUACUACUACUACUACUACUACUACUACUACUACUACUACUACUACUACUACUACUACUACUACUACUACUACUACUACUACUACUACUACUACUACUACUACUACUACUACUACUACUACUACUACUACUACUACUACUACUACUACUACUACUACUACUACUACUACUACUACUACUACUACUACUACUACUACUACUACUACUACUACUACUACUACUACUACUACUACUACUACUACUACUACUACUACUACUACUACUACUACUACUACUACUACUACUACUACUACUACUACUACUACUACUACUACUACUACUACUACUACUACUACUACUACUACUACUACUACUACUACUACUACUACUACUACUACUACUACUACUACUACUACUACUACUACUACUACUACUACUACUACUACUACUACUACUACUACUACUACUACUACUACUACUACUACUACUACUACUACUACUACUACUACUACUACUACUACUACUACUACUACUACUACUACUACUACUACUACUACUACUACUACUACUACUACUACUACUACUACUACUACUACUACUACUACUACUACUACUACUACUACUACUACUACUACUACUACUACUACUACUACUACUACUACUACUACUACUACUACUACUACUACUACUACUACUACUACUACUACUACUACUACUACUACUACUACUACUACUACUACUACUACUACUACUACUACUACUACUACUACUACUACUACUACUACUACUACUACUACUACUACUACUACUACUACUACUACUACUACUACUACUACUACUACUACUACUACUACUACUACUACUACUACUACUACUACUACUACUACUACUACUACUACUACUACUACUACUACUACUACUACUACUACUACUACUACUACUACUACUACUACUACUACUACUACUACUACUACUACUACUACUACUACUACUACUACUACUACUACUACUACUACUACUACUACUACUACUACUACUACUACUACUACUACUACUACUACUACUACUACUACUACUACUACUACUACUACUACUACUACUACUACUACUACUACUACUACUACUACUACUACUACUACUACUACUACUACUACUACUACUACUACUACUACUACUACUACUACUACUACUACUACUACUACUACUACUACUACUACUACUACUACUACUACUACUACUACUACUACUACUACUACUACGUCUAAAUAG